AUGAAGCCCCUACCCGGAAGGCAACAUGUGCAGCAGCUGCAGCAGCUGCUGCUUGUGGAUCUGCUGGUACUGUUGCUGCUGCUCGAUGGCAGCACAGCAUUCCUACUUCGCGGCCGCGUUGUUAGCGGCGUCCCGCUCGGGGGGCCCCAACCUGGAGCCUCUGCAACUAUUUGGGGGGGCCUUCCAGGUGUCCCUGUCUGCUCGUGGCGUCAUGGCAGAGGCCGCCUAAGAGCAGCAGAAGCUGCUGCUGCUGAUACUGUUGAUGGAACUUAUGCUGCUGCCGACGAAGGCUCAGGCAUCGUUUGGAGUAUGGAGGAGGAGGGCUGUGACAGCGAUGUGGCAGCUGGAGCAGCAGCUGCUGCCUCCGAUUGCCCCGGUUCUGCAACAGGCGAGGCAGCAUCUGCAGCGGCAGGUGCAGCAGGAGGCGUAGCAGCAGGUGCAGCACCAGGCAAGGGCUAUGGUGGGGCCUUUGCUGCUCGCAUGCGUCUAACAGUGACUCUUAGCAACAAUCAUAUUUACAGCUGCAUCACUGAUCCUUCUCGCCAGCGUACCUUUGCCUUUGCAAGCUCCCAAGACAAAGAACUAAAAGAAACCCUCAAGACUGUACAGAGAAAGAAGGGACUUGUGCCGAGGCAGCAUGGGGGCACUUUGCAUGCAGCGGCAGCUGUUGGGGCAUUGGUGGCAGAGCGGGGGCUCCGUGCAGGGAUAAGGAAAGUCUAUUUUGACAGAAAGAAGUACAGAUUUGCUGGAAGAGUUGCUGCUCUCGCCGAUGGAGCGAGGAAGGCAGGACUUGAUUUCUAA